GUCUUGUAUCUUAUUGUUUAGUUAUUUAUUAUAAUUUAAUGAAAAGAUAUUUAGCUGGAAUAAUUACUUGUUUAACUAAUCGAAUUGGUGAUAUUGGUUUAUUAAUUUCUGCUUGUUGAAUUAUAUCCUAUGGGGGAUGACAUUUUAUGUAUUACUUAGAUUAUUAUAAUGAAUAUAUUUUUUUAUUUAAUAAUUAUUUCUUGUUUUACAAAGAGAGCUCAAAUUCCUUUUUCUCGUUGAUUACCUGCUGCCAUAGCAGCUCCGACGCCUGUUUCUUCAUUAGUUCAUUCAUCUACUUUAGUUACAGCUGGAGUUUAUCUAUUAAUUCGUUUUUAUAAUAGUUUCAAUUUUAAUAAUUAUAUAUUUUUAUUUAUUAGUAUAAUAACUAUAACUUUUUCUUCUAUUUGUGCAAUUUAUGAAUUUGAUUUAAAAAAAAUUAUUGCUUUAUCUACUCUAAGUCAACUAGGUUUAAUAAUAAGUUCUUUAUUUUUAGGUCUUCUUGAUUUAUCAUUUUUUCAUUUAUUAAGACAUGCUAUAUUUAAAUCUCUCUUAUUUCUUUGUUCAGGUAUUUUUAUUUUUUAUAUAAAUGAUAAUCAAGAUAUUCGAUUAAUGGGAUCAGUGUGUAUAUUAAUACCUUUUACAACUUCUUGUUUUAAUAUUGCUAAUUUAACUCUAUGUGGAAUUCCAUUUUUAUCUGGAUUUUAUUCCAAGGAUAUAAUUAUUGAAUAUAUAGUAAGAAAUCAAUUAAAUUACUUAGUUUUUGUAAUUUUUUAUUUUUCUCUAGGUUUAACUGCUUUUUAUAGAUUUCGUUUAUUUUAUUAUUCAAUGAUUCCUAAUAAUAAGUUUAUUAGCAUAAAUUUUAUUUAUGAUGAAUAUUUAUAUAUAAAAUUAAGAUUUUUAUUUUAA